GGCGGUGCCGCGCAGUGUCGUGCUCACUCGGCGGCUAGCUCUGAGGCAGAACCCACGUUUAUCAAGCUCGCCUGUCUUUGCCACAACACUGAGCCAUGCGUGUGUGCAGCGUGCCGGGUGUGUGUGUGCUGGCUGUGGUGGUGAGUGUGGCGGCCGCCGCCCUCCCGCCACUGGGAGUCGUGGAAGCGGCGGCUCAACCUUCAAAGGAAUAUUUGGAGGAGAACUCAAGCCUGACAACUGAUGAGACCGAAGACCUCACUGACUCUUCUGCUGAGCCUUCCAUGAACACACCUACAGACGCGCCUACGGAGCCACCUACAGACCCGCCCACGGAGCCACCUACAGACCCGCCCACGGAGCCACCUACAGACCCGCCCACGGAGCCACCUACAGACCCGCCCACGGAGCCACCUACAGACCCACCCACGGAGCCACCUACAGACCCGCCCACGGAGCCACCUACAGACCCGCCCACGGAGCCACCUACAGACCCACCCACGGAGCCACCUACAGACCCACCCACGGAGCCACCAACCUCCACUACACCAGAGCCCACUGAGCCACCUAUACCCGUACCUACAGCCGCACCUCCACGCACUCAUAAACUAACUGUUGGCGACCUGGGCACUGCCGAGGGCGUCAUCCUCACGUCCUUCAAGAGCAGGGACUUCUACGGCUUCAUGAGUCUGCCAUACGCGGAACCACCAGUGAAUGAGUUACGGUUCAAGUACCCCAAGGAGUUCACAGGCCCUUGGAAUAACAGUUACUAUGACGCCAGCUACCUGCGGCCGCGGUGUGCCCAGGCCUCGCUCCUCUUUACCGGCAUCGUCAGCGGCAGCGAGGACUGUCUGCACCUUAGUGUCUACACGCCCUUGCUGCCCGAGGAUCUGACGGAGAGGGAGGAUGCACUCCCCGUGAUGGUGUUCAUCCACGGCGGCGCCUACAUGUCCGGUGACGCCUUCCUGUACGUGCCUACCAAGCUCAUGGACAGGGACGUGGUGGUAGUGGUGGUGCAGUAUCGCCUCGGCCUCCUCGGAUUCCUGGCAGCAGGCGUGGAGGGGGCUCCGGGGAACAUGGGCUUGAUGGACCAAAUCACGGCCCUUCGAUGGGUCCAAAAACACAUCCAUCACUUUGCCGGAGACCCGAACCUGGUGACGGUGUUUGGCCAGAGUGCGGGUGGCGCCAGUUCCUCCUGGAUGUAUAUCACUCCCCUGACCAACGCGUCAGCCGAGGGGAACAACGGUCGCCAGCUGCUGCACCGCGUCAUCCCCCAGAGUGGCUCGGCGCUGGAGGAGUGGACGCUCGACAAGGAUCCCAAGACCUCCUUCGCUGUGGCGGCCUCCAAACUAAAGUGUGAUGUUGCAGGUUUCACCACGGAGGAUAUGGUGAGCUGCAUGAAGAGCAGGCCCUAUGAGGAUGUGGUGAACGCAGCCGUCGCAAUAUAUAUUGAGGACCGGCGAGCUGGCGGGCUGGGCUUCAAGGGCCUGUCUCCCGUGGUGCAACGGGGCAUCGAGGGGAUAGAUCCAGUUAUCCCCAAGGAUCCCCGGGAGAUCUUGGACGCCGGAGAAUUCCUGCCCAUCCCUGUCAUGACUGGGAGCGUGAGAGAUGAGGGAUCCUUGGUCAUGGGGCUGACCUACAAAGACUUCAUGGUAUACAACAACCACACCACCGAGGACGUGGAUUUCCUUAAGAACGACGCGCUGAUGAUGCUCCUGCAGGCCUUCGGCAUUGAGGACAAGACAGGGUCCGUAUCCAGCUCUAUGAAAAUAACCUACCUACCCGACGCCACCAUGGGCGACUGGGACUCCAUGAUCGGCGGCAUGAUUGAUAUGAGCGGCGUGAUGUUCCUUAAGUCCGGCCUGUGGGAGCUGACCCGUCGUGCCUCCCUCGCUAACAAGAACUCCCCCAUCUACUUUUACUCGUGGGAAUAUGAGGCUGACGACACCCUGUUUGACUGGAUCUUUAUGUCCUUCCCCAACAUCCCUGUCCCAGGAGGAAUCUGCCACGCUGAUGAGCUCCUCUACCUCUUCCACCUACCCGCUGUGCACGACGAGCGCCAGAAGGUGAUGGUGGACCGCAUGACAAAAAUCUGGACCGACUUUGCAAAAUAUGGUGACCCGACGCCCGAGGCCACGAGGGAGCAAUGGGAGGGUGCAAUGGAGAAGUGGGAGCCGUAUGAUCCUAGCCAGCAGAACUUCAUGCUCAUAAAGGACACUUUCACGAUGACGGUUGACUUCACGACGCGAUGGAAAUACCACUCCACCACCCACAGCAACUCCACUGCAAUGCCGCCAUCCUCCACGAUAACACCCACGAUGCCGCCAGACAUGGUGAGCCGCGACGCCUACAACGACGUGAAAAAGGAGAGGGAUAAUUUCACAAUAGCAACGUGUGUCCUGGGAGCUCUGUGCGCCUUCUGCCUUCUCCUCUUCGUCGUCAUCUACAUAAGAAAGCGAAGAAAACAGAACGCUAUAGUCUAGGUUGUAGGAAGCAACAGUCAAAUGUCUACUGCUGGAGCAUGGUGAUGACGAAGGCCUGUGUGCAUGCUUCGUUAUCUCAAUGAGCGUUUGUGCAUCAACCACUUAGCUACUUGCAACCUGUCCUCCCCAUAGUGUACCGUGACCUAGAAGCAGGGGAGCCACGCAGGUGUCACGGGCCUUGGAACAACCGCAAGACCGCUGCCUGACAAUGCUAAUUCACAUGUGCCAGGUGCAGCAUUUCCUCGCCACGCGAAGCCCUUAAUUUAUACAUAGAAUAAUGAAAUAGGUAAUAUGUACCAUACAUUCUCUCUCUCACGCGCACACACACACACACACACACACACACACACACACACACACACAUGGUUUAUAGAUGUUUUGACGGCGUUGUUGCAACGGUAACAUCGAUUAUAAGUAUUACUAUUAAUUCAACAAAAAUCUACGAUCUCUCUCUCUCUCUCUCUCUCUCUCUCUCUCUGAAGUCGAAUAAAUAAUAAUUUAAAUAAUAAUAAAUACAGUCUAACUAUAUUCGUGGAGUACAGUAUAUAUUUCAUAGCCAUCAUCAAAACUGCAAGGAAACUUGUUUAUUAAAAUCUCCUCGAUGGUUA